AUGCCUCGUGGAAACGAAACCGCUGCCAAGAUCUUCUACAAGGGUCGCUCUGACGACUUCAUCGUCUUCGUUGACGACCUUGACAUCCUUCAGAAGUGGAAGAAUGACCGCAGCAUUGCCCUUUCCAAUGUCUUGAACGGCUGGAAGAUUUUCCUCACUCACUCCCACGGAGCCCAAGGUGUCCUCGACACCGCCAGCCAGAGCUCUUUGCAAAACGAGUUCGGCACAACUAAUGAGGAUGAAUGCAUUACCAAGAUUCUUGAAGGCGGCGAAUACCAGGCCUCCUCGGCACGCGAGCGUGAGGGAUCCAAGAACGACUCCAACGGCGCUAUGGGCACCUCUCGCUAA